UACAUUAAUAUAUGCACUAGAAUUUUCUAUUAUAAGUUUUUAAAUGAAAGUUUAAUUCAAUUUAAUUUUAAUUUACACAUACAUAAUUUGUCUUGUUUAAUCUUUAACUUCUUUUGAUUGAAAAGUGUUUUAAAUUUGAAACCAAACGGAAUUUCAGACUCAUUUGGAUAGCGUUUCCCGAAAUAACAGAGUUUGAAUAUCCCUAAUAUUGUAGUUUAACACAUAAGCUAACAUCUUUUAACCAAGUACUAUCGUCACUUGUGCAAAAAUAAGACUACAGUAGAAAAACAAUAUGUCGGCCUCGAUGAACAGCAAAAGCACCCUGAUGUCCUCCAUAAUUUCUGGACUUCUGAGCAUCGUCUUAUUUGCCAUACUGCGCUUCUGCUCUAAUUGGUUCAACGACUCGCAGCUGAAGGUCCUAUUGGGCGGAUACCUCUUUUCCUGGCUGUUCAUCCUAAGUCUGACUUUUGUUUCCAAUGCGGAGAUGAUUAUCUUUGGCCAGGACUUCCAUGCCAAGCUCCUGCCGGAGAUCCUCUUCUGCCUCUCUCUUACAGUGGCUGCCGCGGGAAUCGUUCAUCGCGUCUGUGCCACCACCAGUAUUCUUUUCUCACUUCUGGGCCUCUACUUCUUGAAUAGGAUCUCAACAAAGUACUAUUCGGUGCAGGUGCCGACAAUAGGUGCGCCUGCGGCGAAGAAGGGCGGCAAAAAGUUCAAAUGAGUAUAUUUAAGUUCAGUCCUGGGUCAUAUAUGCCAACUUAAACAUUCGAACACCUUUAUUAUACUUUAAUAAAUAACAUUAUUUAUAACCUA